AUGACAAGCAAAAGUUUAAAUGCAAAAAAUUUUCCUUUAUUAAAUCAAAUUGAUGAAGGAAUACAUUUUGAUAAUAUUGAUUGGAAUAAAAAUGCUUUUCAAACAUUAAUUACAUCAAAUUUACCAACAAAAACAAUAUUUUAUUAUGCAAUUGAUGUUGGUCUUCGACGAUUAGAAAAUAGUUUAUAUGACGCUUAUUGGGAUUUAACAGAAGAUUCAUUAAAUGAUUUAUCGGAAUUUUUAUUUAAUUCAUCAAUUGAUAAAGUUGCUGAUGAUUAUUUAUAUGAAGCUAAAUGUCAAUUAUUAAUGUAUUCAGCAAUUGCAAUAAUUAAAAUGAAUACUAUUAGACGUCGAUCGAUAUAUGAUGCUAAAAUGGCAUGUGCAACAAUAUGUUUAUUAUUAUUAGAACGAAGUAAAUCAUAUGAAAUUUCAUCGACUAUAAAUGAUUAUUCAUCUUGUAUUCGUUCAAUGCAUUGUCGAUAUUUAAAACGAAUAUUUAUUAUUGUUCAAUGGUUAUCAACUUUAUCGAAAAUACAAAUAAAUGAUAUGCAAACAAAUUAUGAACGAUAUAUUACAAUCAUGAUUAAGCAAUUAUUUCCAACAACUUCAUUAACAGAUAAAAUAAAUUAUUUUAUUGAUAAAUAUUUAUUUGAUAACAAUAUUAAUGAGGAUGAUGAUGAUAUAACAUCAAGUGGUUUUGUAUUUAUUCGACAUUUUCCAAUAUUUAAUGAACAAAUUUUUGAUAAACAUAAUGAUCUAAUGAAUAUGGGUUUUGUUAGUACAUUAAAUCAAUGUCCAACAUAUAUAGCCAUACGUUCAGCUAAACAUGAUCUAUCAACUGCUGCUUCUCAUGCAUUAGAUUUUGAUCGUCUUGUUUGUUUAAAUGAAUUCGAAAAAGUAGCACGUGAUGAAACUGGACAAGUUAAACCAAUUGUUAUUGUUACUGUUAAUGGUGGUCCUGAUGAAAAUCCACGUUUUCCAAAAACGCUUGUUGCACGUAUUAAAAAAUUUAAGAAAUAUCACUUAAAUGCACUUUUUAUUCUUACACAUGCUCCUGGUCAAUCAACUUAUAAUAUAGUUGAACGUCGUAUGGCUCCAUUAUCUCAUGACUUAGCUGGUCUUAUAUUAACACAUGAUUAUUUUGGUUCGCAUUUAACUAAAUCAGGUGUAACAACAAAUAUUGAUUUAGAAAAAUUAAAUUUUCGUAAAGCUGGACAAAUCUUAGCUGAAAGAUGGAAUAAAUCUGUUAUUGGUGGAUUUUCAUGUGUUGCUGAGUACAUUAAUUCACCAGUGACAUCAGAAGAUGAAUGUAGACAAGUUGAUACUAAAAUUGUUAUGGAUGAACUUUUACGAAAAAUUUGUGCUAAAGAAGAAGCAGAAGAAGGACAUGAAUUUCGUGUUCGUGCAUCGGAUGAAUAUUAUCAAGACAAUGCUCGUGCACCAAGAGAAAAAUUUGAUGAACAACUAAAAUAUGAUAUUGAUGAAUAUUGGUGUGCCAUACACGUUUUACAAACACAAUAUACUUUACAAAUUAUACGUAGUAAUUCAGUUGAAUGUUGUGGUGAAUGGCGUUCAAAUUAUGUUGAAAUAUUUCCUCAUCGAUUUUUACCAUCACCUGUUCCAUUUGAAUGCACACCAUAUAGUAUUAGAAUGGCAGAGAAAGAUUAUCAAAAAGGACAAUUUUAUGGAUCAUUAUUUCAACGAAUUCAAUUUCAUGGUAUUGUUAUUCAACAUACACAGGUUAAAAGAAAAAAAAAACAUUUUUAUUUGUAA